AUGGCUUCCGUAUCCCUCCCUCCGCCUAGCAUGGGAGCCUCCCCAUUCGAUGGGCCGAACGCUCCUUCUUCGCCGUCAAGGCACCGACGAGCACCAUCAAGAACCCCAAAGCCCGAGCGUUUACCUGCCUUUUCGUUCAAUCCUGGCGCCGACACCACACAAGAGUCUGUUGAAAGUGAUGAGAAUCUGUCAGUCGAGGACGAUUCGCGUGACUGUCCUAAGCGAGGACUGCCACCUCCGUUGCCAGACUUCAGCUUCAACCCCGCUGCAAAUCUUCCUUCGGCAGAGCGCGAGGUCAGCCCAACACAUCCCGUCCUUCAAGAGAUGGCCCUCAAUCAGCAGCGCGUCAGCCGGUCCGCCAGGCCAGCACCACUUCCAGCGUUCACUUUUGGAAGCACUACAUCCUCGGGGACACCCAGCCCAACACGCUCAACGUUUCCCGAGUUGCCAGGCUCUUCUGGCAUGGGCCAUCGACGACGAGGCAGCGAAUUUGUCGGGGGCGGCAAAGAAGGAUCACAACUUGUCGGCACAAGUCCAGGAAAGAGCGAUUACCGUCCUCCACCAGUCAGUGGGCCACCGCGUGGUCAUAUGCAUAGAAGAUCCCAAGCAAUCUCGGUUUCCGACAUUGACACGUCGGACCUGAUCAAGACUGCUGCCCUGUCCAAGGCUCGUGUCGGCUCUCAGCCAACCACGCCCUCUGAGCCGGGUUUCACCGUGCCCAAAUACAGUCCUCCAAGACAAUCAUUCUCACAGAGCCAGUCGACACCAUCGUCACCCCAGAGAAGAGAAAGCAUGUCUGGUAUUCGCCCACGUGUCGGCUUCGCUGAUCGUGUGGAUGUCAUUCCGCAACCGCGGCCCCUCUCUCUGAUCUCCUCCGAAACCGAGGGCAGUUGUUCAACGGUACGAGGCCACUCGCUUUCGGGAAGCAUCAAUUCGAUCUAUCCUACAUCAGCAGUAAGCUCCCCAACAAAUUCACGUGUCAUGGACGAUAGUCCACCAAAGCAGCGUCCACAUACAGCCGAUCCCGCGACCCUACUCUCACCCGUUCUAUCGAGGGAAGAAAGGGAAGAAUCGAUGAGCAUGCCCAAGCGACCACUCUCUGCGUCAGGCUCGCCAGCAGUGACGUUGUCCGGAAGCCCGCCAAACAAAAAGAAGCAUUUCUGGUUCAGCCCUUCGGCACAUUCCUCGCCAUCGCCCACGCCAAAGAGUGAGAAAGAGGAUCCACUAGCGGAUAUUCAGGCAUUGCCCAAUCUAGAUCCUAUUGAUCCUCCAAGGCCUCGGACAUCUCCAGAGCGGUGCUCGAGCAUCAAGAAGAAGAAAAAGUAUCACACAUGGACAUCCGGCAUUUUUUCCAGAAAGUCCGCCAAACGCCAUGCGAAGAACAGCAAGCGUGUAGCUACGCCACCUACUCUCGUGCGACGCCCUAGUGAUCGAAUCAACGAGAUCUUCGAUGCCGACGACACCGUUGUGCUUCGUGAGCCCUCGCCUGUUGUGCAACGAGCUCGCCCUAAAUCCAACCCUCUUAUGGGGACAGCACCUUCCUUCUCCGCCCACGUUCCAACGUCGCCUGUUGAAGCGUCGGGGCCGGUGCUUGACCUGGAUGCCGCAAUGACUGACGGGGCUUCCCCUGACACUCCAACCCGAGGGGCUGCAUCACGGAUUGCCAAACUCCAUAGCAGCGAGCGUCGAGGUCAAAUGGAUCCUUUCGGAGCAUUCCACAAGCGAUCCGAGUCGGCUCCGGCGAUGCAGCCCGUGAAUCGGGCAUCAUUUGGUAUGCAGAGAAUGGGUAGUAAUCAGUCUCUGUCGGAGGAAGUGUUCGAUGAGGAAGAAGAGGACAAUUUCCUUGCUGGAAAGACAGGCGACAACAGCAAGAACGAGAAUGUUAGGAGUUCGAACCCGACGCGGCCUGCUGAGCAAGCUACCGCUCUCGAUGGUCUAGGGUUGGCCGUCACAACCGACGAUGUUGUUAUUGUCGACCCGGAAGACGAUGUUCCUGUCGACCCGCAGCGAUCGUCCACCGCGACUAUCGAAGCUCCUGUGAUUUCUGUCGAGACAAAAAGACCGGUUUCUUCUCCGAUGUUCUUUGCCUAUUCGGCACCACAUUCGCACUACGCCUCGUCGACGGAAGGCAGGACAACAUCUGCGUCAAUGAUUUCCUCGCCAGAUGCAGAGCAUGUAUCUUUCGAGAGCUUCCCGAGAAACGCGCGAAAUUUUGGCGAGACGAGUUCGGAAUUCGUGCUACGCGGGUCCAACGAAGACUUGCCAUCGUUGUCAGACAGCAUCUCGAGCAGCGCUCUCCCACGCAUGUCGAGCAGUGCAAACACGCGGUCAUCGAUUGAGCAGCGUGCACACUCGGUAUGCGUUCCGGUAACAUCUCGGUCAAAUCAGCCAGCGUGGAAGCGUGCCAGCCUCGCGAGCUUGAACCGGCUCAUGCCGGGAUCGGCCAAUGGCAGCAAUCUGAAAUUCGAGACUGUGGCGCCUGAAACAACCCCGGCGGAUGAGAAGGAGAAACGGAAAUCGAACCGACUAAGCAAGCUGAUGAAAUUCUGGCGGAUGAAAGAGAAGGGUACCGCUGGUGAAUGA